AUGCCUCGCAAAGCAGUCUACGGCAAGCCGUCGCAUCUAUAUUCCAGCUUUAGCAGCUUUCAAAGUCCUGUCAAACAACGUAAACAAAUUCACACUCCAUUCGAGGUCAUCGAGGUUGCCGAAGAGCUUUCGCGGCUGACGGUCCAAACAAAAUUCCCGACCAAUGAUCAUGAUGAUGAUGAAAUCCCUUCUGCACGGGAGGCGCUCUGCGAAAGAAUCGCAAACACUGAACGGCCUGUCAAACUGUCUCGGAGAAGGACAACGAGUAGCGAAUCUGUGACGAGUACUGGUUCAAUUUCUCCAAGGGAUCGAAAGACAAAAAAUGGAAAACAAAAGAAGAACCAGUCAGAAAAGAGAACAAGAAACAACGAUCACGAAGAGCCACAGCCUGCGCCCUCGGAUAUGUUGACCGAACCUGCUGUAGAGGAGCCCCAACUACCUGAAGUCGCACCAUUGUCCGAGGUCGUAGAAUCAACACCAGUAGAUUCCAUCGAAACUGACUUGGCUUCUCUGGAAAUAUCCAAACCACGCAUCUCAAACGUCUUCACCAAACAUGCUGCAUCGCUUUUAUCGCUCUCUUCUCAAGAUUUGACUUCCUUCUCCGCCUGGUCCGACCAACUGUCUUCCCAUUUUGCAGUCACCAAGAUCGCCGAAGCAUCUUUUGGCGAAGUCUACCGUCUAUCGCUGCUCAAAGCCCAUUCAGCCUUGAGUAAAACGGAUGAGUCGGUGCUUAAGAUUAUCGCUCUUAAGCCUCCGACUUCCACGAAAAGGAAGAUGAGUAAGGCGGCUAAAAAGAGAACCGAGAUGAUGAGCGAUCCCGAAGAUGUCGCUGCUGAAGUCCGCCUGAUGCAGCGUAUGACAUGUACGCCUGGUUUUACUAAUUUCCGCGAGAUUUGCGUACUACAAGGUCGUCCUGGAGAUGCUUUUGCUGCAGCCUGGUCGUCAUGGAACGAUUUCCAAGAAGCCAAGGGCAAGGAGGUUAGCGUGUUCCCUGACCCUAGCAUGAAAGCAAGCUACUCGGAAGAUCAGCUUUGGGCUGUCAUAGAGAUGCAAGACGCCGGCACGGAUCUAGAAAACACAAAGGUUGGCAAUGUCUGGCUUGCUUGGGACAUUUUCUGGGGCGUCGUGCUAGCAUUGGGCAAAGGAGAGGAGGCAGCCAGGUUUGAGCACAGAGAUUUGCACAUGGGUAACAUUUGUGUAUCUGGUCUCAACGAUACUUCAAACUGUGGUGAAGCAGACUAUAUUCCAACAAGCUCAAGCAAGAAGCUCGACUUUACUGGCAUUGAAACGACACUCAUCGACUACACCAUCUCGCGAGCAGAGAUGGGCAUCUCUGAAGACGAUGAGGACGUUGCCUACCUCGACCUCGAAAGAGAUUUGUCGCUCUUUGAGGGCGACGCCGAGGAGGAAUACCAGUAUGAGAUGUACCGAUACAUGCGUUCUGCUAUGUAUCUGGGCGAGCCUCUUGGUGAUCUCUGGGAGAGGUGGGAUGAGGCUGAAGAGUCUGGAAGGACUUGGAAAGGAUAUCACCCACAGACGAAUCUUGUAUGGCUACAUUUUGUACUGCACAAGCUUGCCGAGCAGAUUGAAUGGCCCAGCUCGGGUAAAGGCAUUCAAGACAAGGAGGCAGCGCAAAGGGCAGUGGAACUUGAGACUGCCCUACUCAAGGUGAAUCAGCUACUAGAUCCCGAGGAGAUGCCAAAGAGUGGGCUCAGAUGCGCCAGUGAUCUGGUCGUCCUCGCUCUUGAUGAAGGGUGGCUGGACAAGGAGGACGUUCAAGGCAGGGAAGCCGGGUCAACGACCAAAACGACAAAGCGCAAAGCAAAGACCACACGGUCGAAGAGAAAGCAGCGAUGA